UUUCCCUUUCUUCACCGCUGCCAUAACCUGUUGCGUUUCAUUCCAUAGGUUCCAACUGCGUUCUACAAAAUAGCAACAGUUAACAUUAGUUUUUUUUUUCCUAAACAGUAUAAGAAAAUCUCAAUUUCUCUUUGUUUUGUUUUGAUCAUUUACAGAAGUUUCUUUGUUCUCUCUCUCUUUUCUAAAUCUGUCUUUUCAUCCAUCAUACCAUCUAUCCAUCUAUCCAUACGUCCGUCCGUCUAUCUAUCUAUCUACCCAUCCGUCCGCCUGUCUGUCUGUCUAUCUAUCUAUCUAUCUAUCUAUCUAUCUAUCUACCUAUCCAUCCGUCCGUCUGUCCGUCUAUCCAUCCAUCCAUCUAUCCAUCUAUCCAUACGUCCGUCCGUCUAUCUAUCUAUCUACCCAUCUAUCUAUCCAUCCGUCCGCCUGUCUGUCUGUCUAUCUAUCUAUCUAUCUAUCCAUCCGUCCGUCUGUCCGUCUAUCCAUCCAUCUAUCUAUCUAUCUAUCUAUCUAUCUAUCUAUCUAUCUAUCUAUCUAUCUAUCUAUCUAUCUAUCUAUCUAUCUAUGUCUGUACUGUAUAUGUAUAUAUAUAUUCUCACAUAGUACCAGAUACUUAAGAAUCGUAGAGAUUAUGCAAUGUCCAUGCUUUUCUCAAAGACAUUAGCGACGUUAGUGGAGUGAACUGACUACGACUGAAAAUGGAAAGAAGAUUGCAGAAACAAAAUCAUUAACGGAGAAAUUAAGUUCUGUAAACUUUUGUUUUGUUUUCGAUCUUUAUAUCAUUUCUUCCCCUCGUAUCAUCUCAUCUUCUCCAAAAGACUUCGAAGAUGGUAUAGAUAGAAUUCGAUCGCUGUUUCGAUUCCCUGUGACUAUAUAAUGGAUCGUUUAUAUAGAUAAAUAAUAGCUUUCAGUCACACACUCCACCUAGUCGUAAAUAGAUACCAGGUAUAGAAAUUAGGAAGAUUAAAAAUAAGAUGUUGUCCAGAAGAAUCGAGAUGAAGCUGUUAAAAAACAAAAUGAGAAAACGUAUCAUAAAGUAUUGAAACAGUAUGCCAUGGCUUUCGGGUCGAUGAAAUAAGUACGAGUUUAGCACUGGGGCCGAUGUAAUCGAUCAGCUCCCACCCUGCCAAAAUUUCAGGCAUUGUGACUAUAGCAAAAAGGAUUUCGGGAUUACACAAGGUGAGAUAAAGUUCUAUUAUAAUGCCAUUAGCUGGGAUUUUGACUUAGCUGCGUGGUUCCGGGUUCGAUUCUACAGCAUGGCACCAUGGGGAAGUGUCAUGUGCAUUGUGUAUUAAUAUACACAACGAGUGUAAUACACAAUACGUACAAUACAUACUUGUGUGUAAUUUAGUUGACAGAAACUGUGUGGAAGUCUAUUGUGUGUUUCGUCGAUGUACAGAGGCGAAGGAUCUAAAACCUCAAAAACAAAAACAAUGAUAUCUAUUCAUCAUUGAAAAUUCGUAACAACGACGUUGUUGUUCAAAAAAAGAGUAGCUUUCCGGUUUUUAAAAUAAUUGUAUAGAAUAAUUUGCAUUAUUGAAAAUAGAACGAACUGUGCAGUGCAGCUAGUCUUGGGUAUAAGAACAAAAUACAACCCGAAUAUUGGAAUAAAAAGAAAUUUGAAGAAUGUCGAAAUAGUUUUCUUGAUGUUUUGGCUAUAAGGGUGUAUGUAUAGCAGAGGACUUUAUUUUUGGAGAAGAAACUAAUGAUGGUGUAAAUUUAAUUCUCCUUUAUGUCGGAAUUAUUAGUUUGAUAUCUAAUUAAGUAUCUAAUUAAAGAGUGAAUUGCCUUUUUUUCCUUUUUGACGUCAUUGUUUAAUGUGGAUCUUAAAACAUGAUACGGGAUUGUUUCUAAAUGAAUGUUUAUAAUUCGAAAUUAAAAUGAAUCACAUACAUCAUAUUUGGUUAACAUACAGUUUACCGUCGUAAAGUAGUGAAAAGUAAACAGAUUUUAGAACAUUCUAUCCACAACAGAACGUUUCGAUAUGAAAGAAUUCUUGUCGAUAUGUUUAUGUUCACAAACCGGAUUUUGGAACCACUUUCGAUGACUGCUCUUUUAGCUAGUUCAGUUUAAUUACGCCGCUGGUGCCGAUGAGGAAUGUAUGGUUGGUCGGCUUGUAUUUCUUGGGAGAAACGAAAGAAUGAGGAAAAUGGUAAAGAAAAUAGGAGGAUGUCUAUACAUAAGAAAAUGGAGGAAUAGUUAAAUCCUGGCUACAUUACCCAAAAGCAUAAAUCAAGAAAAAUCCAGCUGUUAUUUUUAGCAGGUUCAGCAAUCACUUGAAAACUCUUUCAUUGGUUUGUGAAACUCACUCUGAUAAUCCGCUGAGUGAACUGAAGCAAUGUGGAAUGAAGUAUCUUGCCAAAGGACACAGCAUGCUGCCUGGUCAAGACUCAAACCCAUGACCUAGUGAUCUUCAGCCUACACCUUGACCAGUUGGCCACUUGCCAUCCCGAUUUGGACUACAGGUGGCUGAUGCAAUGUUUUGUCUGAACCAAUUGAAACAGAGACAGUGGGUUUCAAAAGGAAUAUGUAAAUGGUGUGUAAUUCCAAUGGCAUUCACUGUGAACUUUGACCGGGAUGGUCAAAUGUCUCAGGCAAUAUCCAGUAAUGAUCUACAUACUGUACAGCAACUGAUCAGCAGUGGAAUGAGUGUCAAUUCGGUUGUCCACAACCCUGACAAGCAAGAGAACACUACAAUUCUAGCAGGAGCUUGUUAUGCUGGUAACCUGGAUAUCGUUGAUUAUCUUCUGAAGGCCGGUGCUUAUAUCAACCACAAGGAUCCCUGCUAUGGCCGGACACCACUUCACUGGGCAUGUAUUGGUCGCCAGGAAAAAGUUACCUUAUACCUGAUAAAAAACAAAGCUGAUGUGAAUUGUGUUGACCGGGACAAUGUUACACCAAUUAUAACUGCUUCAAUGGUUGGCUGUCAGAAUAUUGUUACUAGUUUGCUCAAGAAUGGAGCAAAUCCUUGUGCAGUGGACAGGCUGCGAGCUUCAGCUAUUCAUUAUGCAACCUUCUAUGGACAUUCAGAAGUUAUUUCUACCCUCAUAAAGAGUGGUUGUAAUUCUAACAACCAUGUUAUUUUUGGUCAAGGAACACCGUUAGCUAAUUUGGUACAUAUUAAAGACCAAGAAAACUGCAAACUUCUUCUGGAGAGUGGUUACAAUAUAGAUAACGAGGAAUGGCUCUCAGAUUUUCAGAGACAUCAAUCUAUGGCAAACAGUAUUGCUUCAAAUUCUACCAUUAAAACCAUUCUUACUUGGUUGCAAACACCACGAUCUCUAGACUCUUAUUGUCGGAUUGUCAUACGGAAAUGUAUGCAAGGGGUUUAUUUACAGAAUAGAGUAAGCAACUUACCAGUUCCAUUAACCAUAAAAAACUAUCUGUUAUUCCUUUAAACAGUGACUUCAAAACUAUUUUCUGUUUGCUUUUUAGCUUUUUAUUUUAUAAAUGCAAGCGUGGACUUUUGGUGCCAGCAAAAAAUUCUUUUUGUUGUCAUAACAAUCCAAACAUCGAGAAAAAAAUCAGAUUUGAUGACAGGUUAUUUUUUAAUGUUAUAUGGCUACAAAGACAUGAUGUAGAUCUUUGUAAGUUGGUGCUCAACUCUGAUUGCAUUGUGUGGAAUAAAUUAGAAUUAAAAUGUAGAAUGCCAAGUAAUAUUUUCAGAUGCUUCGGUACCUAUCUCCAAAAGUUAGAGAAGGCAGACGAUGAGGAAUGAUGUCUUUUUCCUCAAAAACACAAUGAAAUAUUUUGAAAUGGAUUUAGACUUGUGAAUCAUUCGAAUAUUUUGAACUCAACAUCCCACUAUCAAUUAUAUGAAUUAGACAGAAAUUAGAAUUAAGAUAUAAUAAAACUAUCAAAGUAUGAUAAAAUAUAUUUAAUUAUUUAACAAAUGCAAUAGUAGCUUGUCUUUAAUGUGUGUGUGUAUAUAUAUAUAUAUAUAUAUAUUUAUAUAAUUAAUUCAAUAAUAGGAUAAAAUCUUUUAUAAGAAUUUUAUCAAGUAGUUAGCGUGAAAAAACUCAUAAAGGAAAAAAUCCAUCAUUUAUUCCGCUAGAAUAUAUUUAUUUAUAUUUAUAUACAUGCAUUAAUAUAGAAGAAUGCCUCACGCUAAAACUACCAUAAUAAACACAUUUUUACUGAAUGCAAGGAAAUGCAACUCUCAAAAACCGGCUUCUCAAAAACAGACUUAACUAUAUAUCGAACGAUUUCACGAUUAUUACAACAAUAUGUAACUUUCGAUCAUCAGUAUAUGGUCAAAAUAUAUAAAAAUAAACAAAAGAUUCAACAUACCAAAAUGAACACCCCGUGUACCCAGCAUAGUAAAUAGAAGAUUGUUUAUCUCUAUAUAUCUAUGUAAAAAGCGGGCUUUUUUUUAAUUACACCUCGGUAACACAUGUUUAUACCAGAAUAAAAUUCAGCACUGAAUAUA